CCUUUACGUUUUCAAUGUAUUAGGGGGUGGGGAGAGGUCGAAUCGACACGGCUACUGAUACCGCUGUUUUCAUGCCGUUUUUCAAUCGAAUAAAACAUCGCGUCUAUUUGGCGUUUCACACUGUUGUAUACUCUGUACGGCCGACGCUAACGAUCCACCCUACCAGACACUAACCGCCUCAAAUGAUCUUGUUUUUCAUCAUUUGUUCGUUCGAUUCAAUCAUUCUUAAUGGGAUAUUUAGUUAGAUGAUCGUCUUGUGAAUGUUUUGGUGUGUGUUUUAUCAUAAUUUGACCCGGAAUCAAUUGUACGUUUGAAGAUAUUUUUUUUUUUUACUGUUCCCUCGACAAGACUGAGCACGGCAGCUUCAUCCAGUCAGGCGGUAUUGACCAUUAGUUUCUUCCCCUAGCCAUUUUUAUCUCUGCACACUUGUAUUCACUGUGUCCGAUGGAAAGGCGCUUAUUGUCAUUUUCUAACAUAUUUCGACGUUGUUUUCAUCGCCGGUUUUGUGUGCGUGUUUGUCACGUGGUUUUGUUUUCUUUUUGCUUCUAAGAAAAGCUUUUCUCCAUGUGUUAGAUUCUCUAGAUCUAUUAGAUUAUUAAUACUUUUAAAACCAGACUUAGACUUACUUAGGAGUUUGUAAAGUUUGUAUCCUUCACAGUGUUCUUAUAACCCAUUGUGUUUCUUUGAUCAGCUUUUACUAACUUUUAGGCUGUUCUGUCAGUGACAUUUAACUUUGCCUAAUGUGGCUUAAUCCUAGACUUUGAUGUAAUUCAGGACUACUUCUAGACUCUACCUGAACAUUUUAAGUUGGGGAUAAGUGUAUGUGUACUUAAUGUAUAGGUCGAUCUGGACUUAGUGAUUCAUGUGAAAUAAAAUUCUGCAUUACUUUAAGAAGCUUAGAGAUGUGUCUCUAAUUCUAAGGAUUAUAAUCUAUUAAAAACAAGAGCAAGCUAAUUGUUUUGUAAGAGGAUUUUGUCCAGAGUCAGAUGGAACUUGAUCUUAGCACUCUACAUAAACCUAUAACACAAUGUCUGUAGUGAUGACAAACAGCUAGAAUGAAUUGGUGAAGCCUACCAAAGGGGGAGAUAAAUUAUCUCCACAAUGAGUAAAGAAGAAAAGAAGUCAAGUCCUAGCCCAAGCCAUGGACUCCUAUUUGAUCCUUCACACUUGUUGGGUGUUCAUCCUUUGGCAGCAUCAGGAUUUCCUUUCCCACACUUGGGUCCCCUAUCUAAUCCAUACUCUCUGCUUGGUCAGCCGCCAAGGUUUCCAGCACUGUUUGGUGGUCUAGGCGGCAUUCCUAACCCACUUCAUGCAGCAGCGCUGAGUCACAGUCUAGCAGCAGCGUCAUAUUUUGGUCUUUCUAAACAUCACAAUGAGAUUAACUCUCCACCUGCUCCUUCACCUAUACCUACUGCGCACAAGCGGGGGAGAUCCUCCCGAGCAUCAACAUCUUCCUACAAGCAGUCAUCGAGGCUGUCUCCUUCAUCCACUUCUCCACACACCCCAAGCUCACCGUACCUUCCUCCAUGGUCCAUCAAUGGCUCCACUCUGCCCUACAGCAACUUGGGGGCAGAGCCCAAAUCGAAAUCUUCAUCAUCAUCCAAACGGCAAAAGCUGUCGGCUAAAUCUGAGUCAAGAGAGAGCAGCCACAGUGCGCCGCAUGCUCAUCAGCAGCCCCAUUCAUCCCCGCUUUUGACUAUACCCUCUGCUCACUCUGUGCAGGACCACAAACCCAGCACGGAAAAAACUGACGCUUUCGCUUUUGACCCUCGUGCAAUGAUAACUCCUUAUCAAAUGUCCCCGGAACUGGCCUACAUGUCACAGUCUUUAUUUUUACACCGGCCAGAGUUGGGGCUUCCGUCACACUUUUUAGCCUCGGCUGCAGCUUCACUGCCUGCCCAUGUGGCGUCAUCGUCAUCCUCGUCAUCAGCUGUCAAGAACAAGGAAGCCGGGCAGCGUUCAUCCCCGUCAGUGCCAUCAUCUUCAAAACAUUCGUCAUCUAAAAUUUCCAGUUCAUCUUCAAAGGUAGACAGGUCGAAGGUGGAGAAAGACAGACCAACUCAUCAUGCGGAAUCAAGCAAAAAACAUCAAACAACAUCCAAUGGCAUUAAAAAUGUUGACUCAAAGAGUGCAGAACCAUUAGACUGUACAGCAGAUGAUAAAAAUUUGAGUGACCUGGCCAUACACAUGUUGGAUGGAGACAGAAAAAAACAGAUAGCAGAACAUAUACGCAAACGGGUGGGCAUGUACGACCUUGAUGAGGAUAUAGUACGUCAUGGAACCAAACAUUCAGACUGGCCAUACGCUGAGCCAUCGGGUGAACACAGACACAACAGUGACAUUACAGAGAAGCAAAGAGAUCUCCACCUGGCGGAGGUACAUAAGAACAAUGACAUGCUUCUGGAGGACCUGUCUGUCCCACACUCCUCUGGGAAAAAACUAAAUCUAAAACUGGACAGUUAUUUAGGUAAAUGUGAUAUAACAGAAAGUGAGAGUCACAAACGAGAGGAACCAUUGCAUAAUAAGUCCUCCUAUGGAGAGGAAAGCAUGUCAAGUACACUGGAUGAAUCUUGUGAAUCGAUUGGUCAUUCAGAACACGAAGAAUCCAAACUAGACAACAGUUCCGCUAGUGAAAAUGUGGAUGUAGGAAGCCAUUCAGGCUCAGAUUCUGAAGAUUCUGGUAAAAAUGUAGCAGAGGGCAGCACAGAUGAAGGCUCUCCAAACAAGAAAAAGCCUCCCACACAGCUAGAUGAAAGGGAGCUAAUCAUUCCUCUUGAGCAUGGCUGGAACAGACAGACAAUAAUCAACGGUAUGGGCAGACGGGGCAUUGUGGGAGAGGUCCUUUACUUUGCACCCUGUGGUAAAAAGAUGAAAACUAUACCGGACGUCAUGAGAUACCUAGAGAGGAAUCCUAACUCUGAUUUGGGCAGAGAACACUUCUCUUUCAACACUAAAGUCAACAUCGGCCAUUUCUAUGAAGUCAGGGGAGGACCAGAUUCUCAACCAGUUCCGCUGUCAGACGCUGAAGUACUUGAAAAAAUUGAAAUGUCUCGAGGGAAGAGGGCCAGGAUGCAGAUGCUGGCCCGCCAAAGGAGAGAGAAGGCUGCGAGGGAACAAGCAAUGGCGCAGCAGGUUAUGGACCUGAAACUCAAACGCAGAAUGGAACUCCAAGACAUGUCCCAGCAAGCCACCAUCUCAAGAUUAGAGAAGAAACAGGAAAAACUUAAGCAGAAAGAGUUGGAUAGGCAGGAGAGAGAUAACAAAGUUCUAGAAAGACGUAAAGAGAAAGAGCAGCAUAAAAUCAACAAGCAGCAGGAGAAGAUUCGGCUUCAGGAACAGCUUCGUAAAGAGAGAGAACUUAAAGCACAGCAAAUUGUUGAAGCUCGUAACAGACGCCAGAGAGAGCUUGAGGAGAUGCGAUUGGCUGAUGCUUUACAAAGAAAUAAGGAGCGUGACAUGAAGAGACAGCAGUUAGUUAUUAUGAAAGAACAGGAAAGAGAAAGACGUAGACAACACCUCUUGCUGUUGAAAGGUCUGGAACAACGCAAGAGGCUUGAAGAGAAACAGACUAAAGAAAGGCUGAGGGAAGAGAAGCUCCAUGAGAAGAUCAAACAGAAGGAGAUUAAAUUGCACCAGAGAAGAGUUGAGAUGGAGAUAGCUAUGGAGCUUAAGAAACCUGUAGAGGAUAUGGAACUCAAGAAUGCCAAGCCUAUCCCAGAGUUCCCAAGGAUAAAGUCCAAACUGGCUGGCCGACCAAUAGCAGAUUGUCUGAUGGCUGUGGAGUUUUUAAACAAUUUUGGUUUAGCUUUGAAUUUAGAGAAGAGCUCCAUACCCACACUGGAGUCAUUGGAGAGAGGUAUACUGAAUGAGUCUGAUGAGGACAUUGAAGAGUUCAUGUCUUUGAUCAUGCACCUGUUGAGAUUUGCUUUGGAUGAUGUUGGAGUACCUAACCCUAAAGAAGCUGUGACUAAACUUCACCAAAAGAUAACAGAGAUGGAGAUGACAGACACUACCAUGUCUGAAAUUCUGAGAAUAUUUUUAAAAGCCAGGGGAGAGAAAGAGAUGAUGGAAUGGCUGACAGAGAAACCAAUGGAGGCUUUGAACCCAACCAAAAAAGCAGCCAUCUUGGCCUUCCUGUGUAAUGAACUGCUGACCAGUAAAGUCAUAGCUAAUGAAAUUGACAAACAUAUGGAUGCCAUUAACAAUUUGAGACGUGAUAAGUGGGUCGUGGAGGGUCAACUGAGACAGCUUCGUGUUUUCCAAGCCAGGAAGUUUAACAAAAUUCACAAGUCUACCGACAGAAGACCAGCCAUUAACAGCAGCAUAAGCCAGGAUGAAGACACCAUGAAUUCCUCCAAGAUUGGUAGUGACGAAGAUGAUGACAAGGACGAGGAGGAUGACAAAGAGGACGAUGAAGGGAGUGAAAGUGAUGAGAGCAGCAGUGUCAUUACCAAUUCCUCCUCAUCCAACAUGCCAUUUGAGCCUGUAGAUGAAAACCUAACUAAGGAAGAAUCAGAUAAGAAAAUUGAAAAAUUAAGAAAGCAACAUGCGGCAUACAGGCAGAAGGUCUUCAGAGCAUCCUUGCGCCUCCGAGCCAUCAAUAUUGGACAAGAUCGCUACAAGAGGACCUACUGGAUUCUUCCUCUUACUGGAGGGGUCUAUGUGGAAGGAAUGGAGUCCGGAGUACCAGAAGAUUAUGUUGCAGAGCAGGCAAAGAAGGAGGAAGUGAAGGAGCAGGUCACAGGCAGCACUGAUGAUGAGAGCAGUGAUGACACUGUCAUGCAGGUAAAGAAGGAGAAUUGUGAUCCAGCUGUUAGUGGUACAGGAGAGAAGACUGCUGAUGACUGCACUACAGCGAGAGAAGAAGAGAGAGAGAACUUCAUGGGUGAGACUAUAUGUACAGAGUUAUCUCCUGCUUGUUUAGAUAAGGUCAAGGUGAACCUAGCCUCCAAACUAGAAGACAUGUCUGAGUCUAUACACCAAUCUAAACUUGAUUCAUGUGAUGAAGAUUCCACGAGUAUGACUGUAGAUGAGGCACCGAGUUCAUUUCCAUAUCAUGUCACCUCUCAAACAUACACGUCUAUAAACCUUACUUCAUUUGAUAAAAACCUAGCUACAUCUGAUAAAAACCUGGCUUCAUCUGAGAAAAACCUAGCUUCAUAUGACAGUAUACAGGCAUUGAUAGCUAACUCUCCAAGCCAGAAUGUGAUGAUGCCUUGCAAGUUGUCUCCCAUGGUGACAAACAGUGCGUCUAAGGAUGCUACUGACAAUACACUAGACAAGAAAAAUGAUCCAAUGUUGAAAUCACCGACCAAUACAAUAACCAUCUCAAAGCCUGAACUCUCUGGCAGUAUAAGUGAGCCAGCAACAUAUAAACAUGCCUUUGUAUCAGAUAUUCUGAAGGUGCCUAAGAUUGGUGGAGUGGACCGUGGCACUCUAGUGACUUUGUUGAAUAAUUCCAUACAGCAGGCUUACCAAGAGGAAGAGUCAGAGAGUAAUAGCGAAAUGACUUCCACACUGGUGACCACAUCAUCUACACCCAUCCUCACAUCCAUGCCAACAGUCUCACCUAGCUUACCUUCACUUUUGACAUCGUCAUUGUUAUUCUCUGCAAUACCCAAGUUACCUCAGCAAGCACACAGCGCCACGCUAGACUUGACCUGCAAACCUAAAGGUCAAGCACCAUUGGAGAGUUCUGUCAUCACUUCCACUCCUGUCCCUGCCCACAGUAAGCCGGUCAACCCUCAGUCUCUCCCUCCUUUCCACCCCUCUGCUCAGGCCAACCACCUGCUGGACUUGCCACCCCCUGCAGCGCACUCUGGCUACACCAAGACGCCCGCUCUACCUCCUCCAGGCCCUCCCCUCCCCUUCACACAGUCGCCAUACCACCCAAAUUUCUCUCACUAUCCGUUUGGUCCAACCAGUGCCUCGGAAACUCUAUCUAGUCUGGCAUCCAUUGUCUCUCCUCCCCCUGCUCAUCACAACCCGGUAACAACAUCCUCCAUUUCAUCUCCGCUUACCACUUCUUCGGUACAACAGCCGCUAACUCCGUCAUUUUCUCCUGCAAAGAAUGUUUUCCCAAAGCUGGAAAAGAACGACAAGGACCCGCUCUACUCAUCUUCAGAACUCCUGCAACAAGCAGCCACUCAUGUUUUAAGAUCUGCAGAAAGUGUCAAAUCUUCCCCUUUGUCAACCAUUACAAAGUCUGCGUCACUAAAGACAUUGUCAGAAGACAAUGAUGCUGUGACAUCUGAAGUGGUAGAUCACAAACUUUGGUUUAGCAUAUUGCCGAGAAUGCCCUGCGAUGAACUAUCGCUGACCCAGCGGCUUCCAGGGCAGUCUCCAUCAUUGUCUCAGCAAAGCCAGCAGUCUAUCUCUGCUUCACUCUCUGCACUCACAACCUAUAUGAACUCGCCGACCAAUGCCAACUUUGAUGUCCUUUUGCCCCAUAUCCAGUCCAACCCGGGGCUCUUGUCAUCAGACUUGUUGUUUACCUCCAUAUUUAACAGCCCUAUGACACCAUCACCCUCACCAACACCAUGCAGCACACCAGGGGUGGACUCGGCGGGAGAAUUCAAAGUGCCUCCGCCGCCAGAUAUGAACCUUUCCUCAUACCCUUGGGAAGUGCUAAGGGCAGUGCAAGGAGAAGCUCAACCAAUACCUAAAAGAUUGCAGCAUGGCUGGUGGAGAAUUUACGAUCUGGCGAUGCUGAAAGAGGUCAUGACCUGUAUGCUGAACCGUGGUAUCAGGGAAAAGAAUUUGCAGAGGAGCAUCCACCGCUACCUGGACUAUGCCAAGCUUCAUUGUGAGUUUGACACUGUCAAGACAGAACCUGAGACAACACCUGAUGCUUCUCAAAACAAUUCUGAUGUCAAGAUCAAAACAGAGAAACAAUCUGAUGACUGUCAAGACGAUACUUCAACUGAACCCAGUGCUGAGAGUGAGGCUAAAUUAGAGGAGCCAGCAGAGGAGAAAGUCCCUGUCACAGAGAAUGCUGCAGCCGUUGAGAACGCUGCAGCAACUGGGGCCAAAGAGGAAGUGGCUGUGCAGACAGACAAAUCUAGCUGUGAUAUCAAUGACUUCAAUCCUCCUGACGAUCCAGACUGGUGGUCAGUGUCGUGUCUACACCAGAUAGAAUUAGCUGCUCUUGAAGAGGUUGAGGCUCUUGAAGAGAGGAUAUUUCAAGCUAGUCUCCAGGCCAAGCAAGGAUGGAAACCCAACAAAGACAAUAGCAUCAUAAUAGUGGAUCGCUCAGUCAAGUCGGUGGCUGAUAAUGAAAGCUAUCCCCUGGAUGUGGCAAUCUCACGUCUGCUGGAGCUGGAGGCCAACAUAGAGAGGCGAUAUCUCAAGCCACCACUUAUUAGAAGUGUCCAGUUAAACCUGUCCAGCUUAUCUCAGAAUGAACGCUGUGACGGAGACUUUGGUGAGUCCGAGUCCAUCCCUCCUGGUUUGUUGCUGUGGAGACAGGCCGUGGUAGGCUCUGAGAGUCCAGCCCAACUCAGUCUGUGUACGCAGUUGUUGGCCAAGUCCAUCUCCUGGGAGAAGAGCAUCAUGAGGGUGACCUGCCAGAUUUGUAGUAAAGAUGACAAUGAGGCUGAACUGCUGUUAUGUGAUGGUUGUGACAAGGGCUACCACACUUAUUGUUUCAAGCCAAAAAUGGAUAAUAUCCCUGAUGGUGACUGGUAUUGUUUUGAAUGUGUUUCCAAAGCCAGUGGGACUCCUCAUUGUGUAGUGUGUGGUGCUCCUGGUGGCAGGAUAGUUGGCUGCAGCAAAUGUCCGCGACACAUACACUUGGAGUGCCUGGAUCCACCGCUGCCUCGCAUGCCUAAGAGAUGGCAGUGCUGUAACUGUGUCAAUGAAAAGGGCUCUUCAAAACGUUCCAAAAAACGCAAGGAGAGCUUGCCGACAGUACAGAGAAUCUCCAUCACCAAACUUGUGGUUAAAGAAGAGCCCAUCGAUGCUGAAGAGAUGAGCAUGGCGUCAUCCUCCUCCUGCCACACCAGUCCCCCAGUAUCUUUUGGCAGCAGCAGCCCAGAGAAAUCUGCCAGAAAGAAUUCAGUCAAGUCUCAGGAGACUCCUCAGCAGCAAGGGGCAGACAAGAAGAAAAGAAAGAGGAAGGAUAAAGAGGAGGACCUCACUUCCCCUCCGCCUCCCAAGAAGAAAAAGGAGAAAAAGGAAAAGAAAGAGAAGAAAAGCCAAGAGAAAGUGGAGGAGUUGAAUGGCGCGGUAGAGGAGAAUGAGGAUAAUCAAGCUAAUAAUAAAGAUCUGAUCAUCUGUGGGAAGCUGUUGUCAGAGCUAGAGAAGCAUGAAGACGGUUGGCCUUUUCUGAAACCUGUUAACAAGAAGCAGUUUCCAUCCUAUAAGAAGUAUAUUAAGUUUCCAAUGGACUUUGCUACAGCCAGAGGAAAGAUCAAAUCCAAAGAGUACAAACACAGACAGGAAUUUGCUGCAGACAUGCGGCUUAUAUUCAACAACUGUGAAACUUUUAAUGAGGAUGAUUCAGAUGUUGGCCAGGCUGGCUUCAAACUGCGACAAUUCUUUGAGAGCCGUUGGCUUGACAUGUUCCCCGAUGAUGCCCCAUAAUUUUUGUUUUCUGCCGUCCGUUACUUUAAGUUUUUUUUGAACUAGAUGCCAUAAACAGCAGCUUGGAUUGGAUCUUUUUUUUUUUUUUUUACUUUUCUUUUAUGGAUUUUUGUUUCCAAGAGAGACAACUCUGAUACAGUUGAAGCAGAAGAUAUUUUGCUGCCAUUUUGUCAGUGCCACAAAUUGCCUAAGUUAACUGUUCAAAUAACAACAAAAACAGUCUUAAGUUUCAUUGAAAUGUGCAUUUUAAUUUGUAUGUAUAUAUUUAUAAAUAUAUAUAUUGUAGCUAGCAAUGGUGUACAUUUUAUUUCUAAUUAAUUUAAGUUGAAAAUGUGAAGUAUAUAUGACCAUUUACCACAUGAGAGCAUAGCGUUUGCCUAAUGCACUUAUAUAUAUAUAUAUAUAUAUAUCUGUACAUGAAAACAUUGUUUUAUAUGGUAAUGAUUGCAGAGAUAAAAACAAAAAUGAAUGUCGCAAGAUUGUGUAGAAAUGACUUAUUGUGUCCAUGUGAUUGUUAAGAUUGAACACUUUUGAUAAAUUUAAACUUGUGUAUAAAUUUUUUUUUCUCUAUGCUUAUGGAUGGCAUAGAUGUGUUUUGACCUAUGCUACAACACACUAUUGUAUAUAAAUAAGAAAAAAACAAAACAAAAUGUUUUGAUACUGUUCCACCUUACACUAUGUUCCUCUAUAUUUGAUGUUUGUGUUCAUACCAGUCUCUCAUAUCUUCUACUACACUUCUGGUUUUUUGUACCAGUCUGUACAUUGAUAGCGUAGAUGUUCCUCUCUUCUUGUCCCACUGUGUUGAACAUGUGUAGUUCUAAAUGUGAGGUCAACGUUUUUUUUUGUUUUGAUGAACAUGUGUAGUUCUAAAUGUGAGGUAAACUUUUUUUUUGUUUUGAUGAACAUGUGUAGUUCUAAAUGUGAGGUAAACUUUUUAUUUGUUUUGAUGAACAUGUGUAGUUCUAAAUGUGAGGUAAACUUUUUUUUUGUUUUGAUUUACAUGUAAAUUAUCAAACUGUUUCAGAUCUCAUCUUUAAGUCUGGAUGGAAAACAGUGUUUUUUAAUGCUGAACAUUUUUUUGUUUUAUGUUAAAGAAUUUUUUAUUUUUUUUUAAACUUGAAUUGAGUCCUGACCCAGUGCUGAAUAGAGUUAAAACAUCUGAUAUGUUUUUGUAUUUAAGACAAGUGCCAUGUAGAAUUCCUGUCACUGUUAGAAUUAAAUUUAAUUGUAUACAUAGGGAAACAGUUGGGAAACAAGCGUUCAAUAAACCAGAUGCAGGCUGAAACUAAGCUAGAACGAGAUUGUACCUGUACAUUGCAACAUUAUUAAUUUCAUUUGUAAUAAUCUGUAGGAUAGGAAAAAUCAAACACGUUUUCUUUUUAAUUAAAAUGAAUAACAGAUUCUCUCUAAGUACCAGUAAUGUCAAAAUAAAAAAACAGCCUGUGUGAACAAAACAAGCUUUGGAAAUAUGGAUGUAGUAUGGUAGCCCAUAAAGUAUCAGUAGUUUUAUAUCUGAAUUAAAUAUCUAAAGUGAUCCUUUCAUUAUAAAUCAUAUAUAUAUAUAUAUAUAUAUCUAUUUGUUACUUAUUUAGACUUGAUUAUUUCAUUACAAGUGUUUUAAUAAUUUUGUAAGCAGUUUAGUAAACAAGGGAGAUACGAAAAGAAGAAGAAAAAAAUUAUAUAAAUUAAUAUUUGUUUUUAAAUAUUGUUGCUGAACAGUAAAACUUGUUGAUAUACAGGGGCAUGGCUGUAUUCUCUCUCAACACAUGAUCUAGACAGAGAUAUAUUAACACUAAGAGAUGUUGGUGUGAUAGUUUAAACAUCAGUUUCAAAUUUGUACUCUUGUUAUUUCUUCAAUAUAUAUUUUGAUCUGUGAGUCAGAAAACAAUGUGCACAAUGACAUUAAUUUUAUUUUUAAGUUGUUUUUUUUUUUCUGGGUUUCUUGGGCUGCAGUUUUCUAUGUCACUCUUUCUUGGUGUCUUGACCUGGUUGAAGUUAUUCUGUAUUGUAUUUUGCAUUUAUUAUGUAUAGUGGUCAUGUUCAUAUGGGAGUGAAUCCUGGAAGUUUUGUUGUUGUUCUUAUACUUUUAGACCUAGUAUGCUUCUAUGACACUCAUGUUAAUAUGGAUAUCUUUUUUUUUUUUUGAAAGAGUUCAUGUGAAAUUAAGGAAAUGAUUUAUUCAAGCGUAUCUUCACACUACGUCAACAUUUGUAGUCCAGCUAUUUUGAGAAUGUCGGCUCUUUUUAUAAGCACGGGGCUUAGGCAUUGUCUUGGGUCAAGAUAUUCACUUAUUCCAUUCACAGUAUGGGUUAGAUAAGUUGAUAUAAUUUUAUUAGAUACUGUUUACAUGUAACAUUGGGGUGGUUUGGUUGAGCUAAAGGCCCUGGGAUUAAAUCAGCUGCCUAGUAUUUGGCAGAGGUGCUGAUAUAUGUGCUGCCCACACAAUUAUUACCCAGCGUGCGGCUGGCCUGUAGAUCCCGAAAUCUACUAAUUAUUUGGGCAUGCUCUGUAGCUGUCACCCCUACUGAGUAAAGUCUAUAGAAGCAUUCCUCUCACACUCACAAAAUUAACUGCAAAGCAUAAUAUUUUACAAAUUAUGGAAGUGAUGCUUAUCUCAGUCUCUGCAAUCAGUCACUAAGCCAUAAGAUAUUGCACUUGAGGUUUUUUUUGUCAUCGCCAGAAAUGUUUUAUUUUAUUUUUAGAAUUUUUUUUUUUAAAUGUCUUUUUUGCUUUAAAAAAAAAUCGGAAGUUUUUUUUUGUUUGUUUUCAAAUAACUGGGUUCACACCUUUGUGGUCAACAUAAUGUCAGUAGUCACUAAACUUCCUAGCAGACCAUGGCUGGCCAGUAAAAGUAAGUUUUAUUCCAUUGGUUAAAUCAAGCGCACAAAAAAAAAACUAUUGCCCUAGUGUAGGCAGUACUAUUAAUUAAGCAUAGUCAUGAUUAAUGGAGAAGGAAAUUGAGGAUUUAUUAUUGUAGUUAAACUAAUUUAUUAUUGUAGUUUAACUAAUUUAUUAUUGUAGUUUAACUAAUUUAUUAUUGUAGUUUAAAUAAUUAUUUUUCCCCUAACUAUUUUGCCCUCAUUUACUUAUUAUUAGAAACAUUCUCAGUAACAUAUGGUGUCCUGUUGUGGCUGGUUGCCAAUGGUGAUUUAUUUUUUCUCUUGCAUAUUUUAUCCAAUGAAACUAUUUAUUUAUCUCCAGAGCUUGGAGCUCAGCAAUACACUCUUGUGUUUGUCUUGAAUGUCUGCCUAGUGUCUUGGUUUCAUUCUUAUCAUAGUCUCCUGGAUGUGUUCCGUCUCUUGUAACCUGCUUCAUUACUUUGGUCUUGUUGACUCAUUGGACAAAACAAAAGUCUGCUAUAAAAAAAAGCAAGACAAAUUGGUCUGCAGGCAAAACUAAUUGAAAACUUUCAAACAGAACAAAGUAGUCAUAAUAUUUGCUUGUACAUUGUAUGCUAGACAGAAAUAUUGACCUUCAGUUUUAAGACCAUUUCAAUGUAGCUUUGUUUGUAAAUAACUUAAAAACAAAGUGGGGGGGGGCACUUUGUAGGACUAGGCACUGCCCUGGGUGGACCAUGAUUCCUGGCACUAGAAAGUUGAACUUUGACCUGUGUGUUGUCUUCAAUGCCACCCUUCAUGUUGUUGACAUUUAGAAGUGCUAGCUGUUGUCUGUUUCCUGGCUGUUUUUUAUCUUCAUACAUGUCACAUACCUAUAUAAUCAUGUCCAAACAAAAAAAAAUUGGAUGUUUUUUUUUUAAUAAAGCAUUGAAUUUACUGACUAAA